UUAAAUAGAUUAAACUCAAUAUUAAUUUGACAAAAUAUUUAUUUAUCAUAAUUAUUAAAAAUAUACGGGAUUAUUAAUUAAACUUAUGUUACGAAAGAUUAUUAAUUAAACUUAUGUUACGAAAGAUAUAGGAAUGGAAGCGACCAAAGACUACACUUGGAACGAGAAGGAGUUACAGGAAUUUCGAACUGCUGUUCUAAAAGAGAAACAACUAAAAUGUAGGAGUGACGACAUAUUUCUCCUAAGUUUUCUACGAGCAAGAAAAUACGACAGAGAAAGAACACUGAAAUUACUCAAGAAUUAUUAUGCAACAAGGAAGAAGUAUAAGGAUAUGUUCAAAGACCUUCUGCCUUCAGCAUUGGAAAGAUUUCUACAAAUGGAUAUGAUGUGUUCCAAACGAUUAGAAACAGGUCAAGUCUUGGGACUGGGAAGAGUCAGCCAUUGGGAUGCAAAUAAAGUAAGAUCAAUAGAUGUAGCUAGAUGCGUAUUACUUCUUAUAGACAUGGAACUAAAUGACCACCUGUGCAAGUAAAUGGCGUAUAUGUAUUGAUAGAUGUGAAGACAUUUUAUUCAAUUUACUCCAACAUUUCUUUACUUAUUAGUAGCAUCUUUAUGUGUAAGUACAGCCAAAAAAAAAACUUAUACAACGUGUAUAAAUUAAUAUAAUAUUACUUCAUGUAUGUAAGUAUACACUAAAACAGGGGUGUCCAAAUUUUUUUUUUUGGCCUACAUUGAAAGAUGUCAUGGAGUUUUUGGCCACAAGUAUACUACAUAUAUUUGUGGCUUAAUCCUUAAAUAUACUUGUGUAUUUAAAGAUUACCAUGUCUCAAUUAUUAUUAAAUCUUUAUCAUGAAAAAGGAUAUUUUAAAAAAUUACU